GUGCAAAAGACUGAAGGAAAGAGUUUAGAGGAUGUGGCAGAUGAAUAUUUGAUGGAUCUGAUUGGGAGAAGUUUAGUUAUGGCUGCCCAACAAAGAUCUUUAGGUGGGAUCAAAGCUUGCCGAAUCCAUGAUUUGGUACAUGAGUUUUGCGUGGCGAAAGCUGAAGAAGAAAGUUUUCUACAGAUUUUACAUGUGGAUAACCUUUUAACUUUUACCGGACCAUGCAAGCCCCAUCGAUUGUCUAUUCACCCUACCAUGACUAUGGGGCUUACAAAAUCAAGGCUGUUUUUUCCCAAUUUGCGUUCUUUGCUCUUCUGUGGUGAUAGUUAUACACAGCUGGAUAAGAAUUCAUCCAAAUUUCUGCUGUCUAAACUUCUUAGAGUGCUGGAUUUCUGGAACACUCCUUAUUGGAUUUCAUCUUUUCCAAGGGAAGUAGUAUUCCUUAUUCACUUGAGGUACUUGAGAAUUGGACGUUUUGUUGGGGAUAUCCCAUCUGCAAUAGCCAACCUCUCAAGGUUAGAAACUUUUGUAGUAGAAGCACGCCGUGGAAAUUAUCUGUUGCCAAACACUAUCUGGAGCAUUGAAACAUUGAGGUAUCUUGUCACAUCAUUGUCCGACUGUGGUUUCAUAUUUCCCAUGGACAAUCUUGAAGGCUCCCCUGAUUUAAAACAUUUAGACACUUUAAGCCUUGCAAUCCAUCGCUCUUCUCAAAAUGCACAAAAGAUACUAUCAAAGUUACAGAGCACCCGCAGGCUAACAAUAACAUAUGGAAUCCAAAGGAUGACAUACGAAAGUUACCAAGCACUCAGAUCUGGUGGAAAUCGCAAGGAGAUUCUCGUGCUGAACUACAUGAGUCGACUAGAAUCACUUAAGAUAAGCAGGAUUAGCGGAGAUGAGUUUGAAUUCUCAUUGAAUUUGAAUUUGAAAAAGUUGACUCUCUCGUAUAAUUAUUGGCCGUGGGGAAAAAUUUCAGCAAUUGGAAAAAAUCUGCCCAACCUUGUAGUGCUCAAAUUAUGCCAUCGUUCCGUUCGGGAGGAAGAAUGGGAGAUGGAAGAAGGGGAAUUCUGUAACCUCCGAUUUUUGAAACUGUCAGGGUUGUACAUUCGUAGGUGGACUGCCUCUUCUGAUAAUUUUUCCUGUCUUGAGAAAUUGGUUUUGGAGUUUUGUGAGGAGCUGGAAGAGGUCCCUCCUUGUUUAGGGGAAAGCCUCACUCUUAAAACGAUUGAGGUGAAAUGGUGUAGUGAGUCUGCUGUAAAUUCUGUGGAGCGAAUUCUGGAAGAACAGAGAGAAUGGGGAAACAAGGACUUAAAGAGCGUUAUUAUUAGAUCUACUCAGAAAAGGAGUCAAAGAAGAGAAGAAUUCCACUCAUGAGGUGGCUCAAAUCUAUCAAUAUGAUUCUAAUUUAGAAUCAGUUUCUUUGGCUUGGGCACAUCUGUUGAAAUCAUGUAAGCAGCAUUUUGAUUUAAUCACUGCACUUUAAUUUAAGCACCUCUGUUGUGAUUUAUCCUAGGAGCGAUUCUGUUGCAUUUUUGAAAGAAUAAGCAGUAUCAACACUUCAAAUUUUUCCAGGUCCAAUAUUUGUUGGUUGCUGAUCAAAGUGGGAAGAGAAGAUCUUUCAAGAAGGGAAAAAAAUACAAUGAAAUAGAUGGACGAGAAAAAUAUCCCAACUUCUGGCUCGUAGAUCAACUGGCAGCUAGAGCAAAAUGGAAAUGAGCAAAAAGCAGGAAUACUACCAACUGGAUGAAUAUCUUGAUGAAGUAUCCAUUAAUAUAUACUUGUUGGAAUGGGACGGGUGAGCUCAGGAAAGUGGUCUCUACCUCUCAGCAAAUGGCUAUGACAAAUGAUGCCUGAAAGUGAAACUAACGUUUAAUGAUGCCAUGAUGCCUCUACCAUGAUUCUGCUUUGGUGCGUUGAUAAGUUUGUUGUACAAGUCGUUUUCUAACACUUCAGAAGGCGAACUACAUCAUUGAUUAUAAGUUGCCGGUACUAGUUGUGCAUUAUCCACGUAACUUCUGCUCUUCUAGGACUGGCUAUGAAAGAUGUUUGUGCAGCAUCUACUUGUUCACUCUCUCUCAUCUUUUGCCGGUUUUUUUUGUUUGUUUGUGGGGGGGUGGGUCGGUAAUGGGCAGUGGAAAGGAAAGUUAUCUGGAAGAUAGCCUGAUAGUCAUUGUCUAUAUAAGAAGUUGAUGCUCAAUGCUGUCAAAAUUUCUGUCUUGUGCCAUUUGAUAUAGAUCUGAAAUGGUCAAGGGCUGUAAAUAUAGUUUGAUGCUAAACUGGCACAGCCAAGGUGGUUUGUUCGUGUCUAAUUCUUAUGCUUUGUUGUGAAAAUUGUAAUGAAAGCCGUCUGAAAAUUGUACGAAUCAUUUUGGAAAUUAUUCCUUUGGCUAGA